ACAUUUUGCCUCCUGCGUCUCAUUGUUUUCUCUGACAAUUGCCCGCAACACACAUUCAACGAUCGGGGCUCCCUUCUUUUCCUCUUAUCGCUUGUUAUUGUCUUAUUUCCCAUUUACAAAUUAUCAAACAUUUGCCCCCGUGCAGAAUUGUUGGACACCACUCUUCUAUGUCAAAAUGGGCAACUGUAUAUUUGCCGGCCCUCGUUCUUCCCAUGGCAUUGUGCCAAGCAAUGUCUAUUCGAAGGUGGAAACUUUGGAAUUGAUUGAUGCGAAUGUUGGUACAAGACACGCCACAUCAAAAGUGACAACUCGCUACUUCCGGUGCAUUGAAGAAAUCGAAAAAACGACAAAUGGAAUUGUGAACAUUUUCAAUGAUGCAACUCAGUUCUUGAGAGAAGAUAGAGAUGACGAGUUCAAAACUACAAUGGAAUCUCUACAAACCCGAUUGUUCGAUUUACAUCAAAACGUGACACUUUUGUUCAAGCUAUCAGUUUUCAAGAUCGAUUUCUCAAUUCGUGAAAGGAAAGAUAUUGGAAAAGAAAUUAUGUUACUAGUGGAAGAUUUAUGGAAAACUAUCAAAGAUGUAUUUGAAGGAACAGAAGCUGGACUCAAAAACAUUGAAAGCAAAAUUGAAAUGCUCGUCAAGAAAAGUAGUGAUCUGACUACUAUGUAUUGAUUCCUUAUACAUACGUGUUUAUUGUCUCACAACUAUCAUUCAAUUUCAUAAUAAAUUCUUUUCAUUGUAAAAGUU